AUGCGACGCCGAUAUCAAGCUCUUGCUUUGAGUGCUUACAAGUCAGGAUGUCUUACAUGUCGCGAGACUCACACCAAGUGCGAUGAAAUCAGACCCACCUGCUCCCGAUGUGCGCGUCUCCAGGUUAAAUGUGUGGGAAAGGGCUACGCGUUCAGCGUCAAGGAGGUAGCUCGUCCCGCAGAGGGUCAGAGUAAGCUCGUCUCAGGACGUGCUGUCCGCGACAAAGUCAUCGCCCUUACUAAUUCCAAGCCCGCGGCUCCAUCCCCCUCCGCCGGUGGCUCUAUAUAUCUACAUCAUUUUGUCACUUUCUGUUCCAAGGCUCUCUUCUUCGCUGACGACAAGACUGAUAAUCCCUUCUCGCGCGAGAUAUAUCGUCAUUUCGCCGGCUGCGAGCAUCUACAGCUUGCCGUCAGCGCCUUAUCAGCCGGUGACCUUCGCAGGAGGCACCCAGGCCAUAAUGAGAAGUAUUUUAAUUUCUACGGUCGGGCGGUGAACAAGCUGAACGGUGCACUCGCGUCACCGGAAACUGCAACUUCGGUUGCCACCUUGCUAUCUGUCAUGUUGCUCUGCUUCUGCGAGAUCUCAAGCGCAAAUUCUUCUGCAUGGCUCAGCCAUAUCAAAGGAGCCCGUGAUCUUCUUGUCCUCCGUGGCGGCCCAAAGAAAGAUCCUGUCUUCGCUCGUGUGUUUUCUCUCAUUGACAUCGGAUCGAGCUUUUUCCUAGGACGCGAAACACUGCUCCCUGUCGACUACAUGGACGAAAAGCAGGGGACGGUCACAUCGAACACACCGAUCGAAUCCUGGCCGUGCUGGGAUACGACAGGCACCACAAUUGAACGAUUCAACCAAAGAUUAAGGAUAGUAGCAGGCUUAUCGAAACUCUCGUCUGAUGUGAAGCAGUGCAGCCUGCCUGACUCGCGAGAGCUCCUUCUGGCCCAGUCUCGCAACCUAUUGAAGGAUAUUGGACAUCAUUGGAGAGCUCGAAUUUUCGAGGAAGACCAGCUGGCAAAGUUGCGGAAGUCUCCAAGGGACCAGUUGAUUCUCGAAGACAACGCCGGAAGAUCCGCUUGCAUUCUCUCCCUUAUUGACAUCACCAGCCCUAUAUUAGAUCUUGAGUGCGACUCAGACUCUCAUAACCAUGUCUUCCUCUCACCGGCUGUUGUGACUCAUCACAUAGAUACCAUCCUUGCUGCAUGCUCUCUUAUGAGUGAAAGCUACUGUCUCGCCGGGCUACCGUGGCCAUUGUUCAUGGCGGGCGUUCAUCUCUUCCGCGACCAAGAUCGGGAGAAAGCAGUACUUCAGGCAUUAGAGAAGGUUUCAGAGGUGGUUUUCCAUCCAUGCGAAGGAGCUAUACGAGUCCUCAAAAUCCUGUGGCAACGCCAAUGGACGGAAGGUUCCAAACUCAGUUGGAGGCAGCUUUUGCAAGAUUCUGGAGAGUCAAUAUAUAUCAUGUUGUGA